AAGGAAACGCAGUCCCGCACGCCUUAUCGACUAGCUUCCGGCAUUUCCAUUAUAACACAAAAGCUCCAUGGAGCAGAAAAAGUCAGUGGAGUCAAUGGAGGGCAUGAUCCGAUGCUCUGCAAACCAUGUUCCUUUGUCACCCAUAAGCUUCUUGGAAAGAUCCGCGAGUGUGUAUAGGGACAGAGUGGCUAUUGUAUAUGGCCGUGUCAAAUUCACCUGGAGAGACACCCUUGAAAGAUGUACCAGACUUGCUUCUGCUAUCACCCACUUGGGGAUUUCUCGUGGCGAUGUUGUUGCUGCAUUGGCCCCAAAUAUUCCAGCAAUGUAUGAGCUACAUUUUGGGGUUCCAAUGGCCGGGGCUGUUCUUUGUACCUUAAAUAUACGUCAUGAUUCGGCAAUGGUGUCAACAUUACUGAAACAUUCGGAGGCCAAAAUGAUUUUUGUAGACUAUCAACUUCUUGAUACUGCUCAGGAAGCACUAGAAAUUCUAUCCAAGACAAGAACCAAGCUGCCCCGUCUAGUGUUAAUUCCAGAGUGUGAUAAACUACAGCCCACUAUUAGCAACUCCGGUCCCACUGUUGCUGGAGACUUAGAGUAUGAGACUCUUAUAGCAAUGGGGAAAACUGAUUUUGAUAUUAGAUGGCCAAACGAUGAAUGGGAUCCCAUUGCACUGAAUUACACUUCAGGCACAACAUCUCGUCCAAAAGGUGUUAUUUAUAGCCAUAGAGGUGCCCAUCUCAAUUCCCUGGCUGCUGUUCUCCUUAAUGAAAUGGGCUCAAUGCCUGUCUAUUUGUGGACCGUUCCCAUGUUUCACUGCAAUGGGUGGUGCCUCACUUGGGGUGUGGCAGCCCAGGGGGGCACCAAUGUCUGCCUAAGAAAUGUGACCGCAAAGGGAAUAUUUGACAGUAUUUCUCAGCACAGGGUUACCCACAUGGGUGGUGCACCUACUGUUUUGAACAUGAUCAUUAAUGCUCCGGUCGGUGAUCAGAGGCCACUUCCAGGCAAGGUGGUUGUGAUGACAGGCGGCGCCCCUCCACCUCCACAAGUACUUUUCAACAUGAAAGAACUAGGAUUUGGGGUAUUUCAUUCAUAUGGCUUGACAGAAACCUAUGGUCCUGGAACUGUUUGCACUUGGAAACCUGAGUGGGAUCUUCUGCCUCCUGACAAGCAAGCAAAGAUCAACGCCCGGCAAGGGUUGCAUCAUCUUGGCAUGGAGGAGGUCGACAUAAAAGACCCUGUUACUAUGAAGAGCGUACCACCUGAUGCAAAAACCAUAGGUGAGGUUAUGUUCAGAGGCAACACUGUGAUGAAUGGAUACUUAAAAGAUAUCAAAGCAACCGAGGAAUCUUUUAAAGGUGGGUGGUUUCGUAGUGGGGACUUGGGGGUGAAACAUCCUGAUGGCUACAUAGAGCUAAAGGAUCGUUCAAAGGAUAUUAUCAUUUCUGGGGGAGAGAAUAUAAGCACAAUUGAGGUAGAAGCUGUGCUUUUUAGUCACCCAGCAAUCCUUGAGGCAGCUGUGGUAGGAAGGCCUGAUGACCACUGGGGGGAGACACCAUGUGCAUUUGUGAAGUUGAAGGAAGGCUGUAAUGCAAAUGCCAAUGAGAUUAUUAAGUUUUGCCGCAAUAAGUUGCCCCAUUAUAUGGCUCCUAAAACCGUUGUUUUUUAUGAUCUGCCAAAGACUUCCACAGGAAAGACGCAGAAAUAUAUUCUCAAGGAGAAAGCCAAGGCCAUGGGGAGCCUUUCAAAAAGGAGCUCCUCUAAAAUGUAAAUCAACUUUUGAUCAGCAGGUAACAGUUUUACCGGAUCAUCAAAUUGUUGGAAGCUAUUGAAUGGUCAAUCAUGUGUCUAUUGUGUGUCUGUGAUUGUGUGCCUCAAUAAAGUUUAUGAAUAAAUUGUUCAGAAUUGUCAACUGUAAUCAAAGACUUCCACAACUUUAUGAAUAAAUUGUUCAGGUUUGUACCGUUGUUUUUUA